AUGGAGCGAGAUUUUGAGAAGUCUAUUUGUCUCGGGAGUGGAAUAUCUUUUUCCCUACUUUCAUUUCUUAUAUCAGUUCUUAAUGGUGUGACUUUGGUGGCAUUAUACAGAGACCCCCUUCGUCGCUUCAGAAAAACAUUUUCCGUGUUUUUGAUAUUUAUUGCUGCGAUGGAUCUGUUCGUUGGCAUUGCUGUUUGCCCAGCAGAGGCUGUUAUGAGGCUUAGGUGUGCAUUUGGAGAAAAUUUUUCUCCUACGGAGGGAGAUUUCCCCAGAAUAAUGGGAUACAUUGGAGUUAACAGCUCAAUUUUGCUCGUUACAGCCAUGUCGGUCGAUCGUUUCGUUUCUGUUGUGUGUCCUUAUUUCUAUCUUCGUAAAGUCAGACCAAAACACCUCGUCUUUUGUACAGUGAUCAUGGUUGUUUUCUCUACCAUCUUCGCCUCUCUUCAGCUCGUUGAUUUGUCUCGGGAUGUUUACGUUUUAGUCGAUAUUCACUUACACACGACGUUUCCUCUUGUCGUAACUACAAUGGCCUAUACCGGGAUUUUCAUAACUUUGCGAAAGAGCCGCUCUCGCGUUGAUUUGCAAAGACAGUCAUCUAUCUCUGAAAACCCAGUACUUAGCGACAUACGCAGACUAAAAAACACCCAAAAACAGCAUCGAUGUGCCACAACUUCGUUUUUAAUCUUAAUUUGUCUGAUUACUUGUCUGGUUCCCUAUUUCGUCGUUGUUCUUAUUGAAGCAAACUGCGACAGCUGCCACGAUCAGAAAUGGCUGUUGAUUUUAAGAGUAACUUCCGAGAUAUUUCUGAACGUCAAUUCUGCAGUAAAUCCUAUUUUGACUACAUUUAGACUUAAAGAACUGAAGCGAUCAAUUGAAGUAGUAUUAUGUGGAAGAGAGAACAUCAAUAAUGUGGCAGAUUUGGAAGAUCAACAUCUUCAAACUUCGAGAGCGCAUUUAUCCAAUUGUCCACGUUAA